AUUUCACGCCAGAACGCCAGUCCGCCAGUCAAUAAUUCGUGAAAAAACUACGUAAUCUACUCCGGAUAUUUCUUGCUUAUUAUUUUGUUCAUUGUUCUCAUUACUCAUAAUCUCAUAAUAAACCAAAAAAUCUUGCGACCCUAAUGAAGAAAAAUGUUUUAUAUAAAUCCACCGAAGGGCAAAGUGGCACUGCACAUUCUGGAAAACAGUGUUUUUACUCGAUUGGAGUAUUUAAAACUCCUCGACAACAACAAAACUGAUAAUUUUUGUGGCAAUUUUGAAUAUUUGUUGGAAAAUUCAACGUGGGACAACAUUGGACACUUCACUUUAAGAUUAAUUGCUUCAACAUCAAAAGAAUUGUGGCAAUUUUGGGUAAAAAAUGAAGAAUUGCUGUUCAAACAACGCCUCGAUCAUUUGUCGAUCAGACAAAUCCAUAGACUUUUUAGGAACAUAGUAAGAAACUUGAACAAACGAGAAUGUGAUCAAAAUAUAGUUUCACAGAGCUUAUUGCAAAUGAGUCUCUUUUUUUUGAAACCGCUUGUAUUCAAUCACAUAAUGAGAAAUAAUCAUGCUGAGAAUUGCCAAAAGUUCAGAUGUCAAGUACCCUUUACAGCAAUCCCUGAUUUAGUAGGUAAGCGAAAAGUAGAUUUGUACCAAGGACAAGCAACAGUUGUGUGUUCCGAAUGGAAAACAGUACUUCUAUGUCUGUACCGAAAUUUCAUAGAAGCAGAAAAAAAACAUAUUUCUCAUGCCGGAGUGCUGGUUGCUACUGAUCCACGCUUGGCUUCAAUUAGCAAAGUCGUUCGUAAGUGCACUUCAGAAAAGCUGCCAAUGAGUGGUCAGAUCACAGCAAAAAAUAUAAAUGAGGAGUCCAGAAACUUUCCCCCGUGUAUGCAAAAUCUCCAUUCAGUACUGAGAAACAAGCAUCGUUUGAGCCAUCAUGCAAGAUUUCAAUACAGCCUCUUCCUCAAAGAAUGUGGUAUGCAAAUGGAAGAUGCAAUUCAUUAUUGGAGAGAAGAAUAUUUGAAACCCCACACUUGUGAAGCUGGAUGUACACACAGUUGGCAGAAAGAUGAAAGAAAAUACUUGUACAGUAUCCGUCAUCUUUACGGUCUCGAGGGUGGUAGAAAAAAUUAUAAAACACCCAAUUGUGAAAAAAUCUGUGAAGAAGUGCCCAGUCUCAGGUAUGAAGGUGGUUGCCCUUUCAAACAUUUCGACUCAAAUCAACUUGUAAAACUGCUACAAAAAUCUUUAGACAAGUCAGUGAUCGAAGAACGUUUUAUCAAUGUCACAGCUCGAAAGCCCGAAGCAGCCUGCUCUGAAUUCUUGAGAAUAAUUCACCAACUCGAUGACCAAAGUUUUGCCAUUCACAGCCCUGUUCAAUUUUAUACCAAAGUUACAAGUGAAAUAAUAUAAGCCUAGGGAACUUUUACUAUUUCAUCCAGCUAUUUUAUUGAACGACAAAACAAUUGACUGUGAUAUAUUCAGAAUCAAUAAAUAUUCACAUCUAUUUACAUACAA